AUGUCGAGCGCUGGUGGCCAUAGACCCAAGCCUGCGACGGCUAAAUGGGGUGCUGCUUGCGCGCAGUGCUCUAUAGCAAAGGCCAAAUGCAUACGGUCAAACAAUGCGCCUGGAUCUAAAUGCGACAGUAGAACUGCUCAAAUAGAGGAAAGACUCAAUGGAUUGGUCAACCUCCUGAAAGCAGGCGGAUUGACUAAUGCCGACCUAGCAACUGAUACUACCUGUAUCCCAACUGAGGUAGACCCUCAUGUUACUGAUCAACAGAAGCCUUCGUCAAAGGAGAGUGAACCUUCAUUUGUAUCCAACACUGAAGGGUGGGCGAUUCCUGAUACAUACAACUCUUACGCGCCGCCGCAAUGUAUCUGCAGACAGAUUAGUGGAGAAGUUCCUCCUCCACCAGGUUCAGACCAAGAGCUUCUCAACCUCUAUCGAAAAGAGUUCCAGGCUCUGAACCCCUUUGUUAUUAUACCUAAUGGUGUUACAGCGGCCAAACUAAGAGAAACCAGACCCUUUCUCAUGGCCUCUAUACGAAUGGUUACGUCAAAUCGUAGUCUGCGAUCCAUGAGAGCUCAGAUGUACCAUUUGAUGAAACACGUCGCAGACCACAUGCUCAUCCGAUCCGAGCGAUCACUAGACCUUUUGCUAGGUAUAAUUGUCAUAGUUACGUGGUAUCAGUAUCACUGCUUCAUGCAUGCUCAACUUAAUAACCUGAUUGCUUUGGCCACUACACUCAUUGGCGAGCUGGGCUUGAACCGAAGUCCUACUGUUCAUGAACGGACUAGCUUGAUGGUUGUAAUACCAUUCCAGCCCAAAGCGCGUUGUCUAUCUAUGCUUGAACAGGAGAGGGAAUAUGAGACAGAUGUGCGACUCGUAGCACUCGUUCGUAUACAACACUUGGCUGAGCGCAUCUCACAACUCAAUGCCCCUGACGAACCUACAGAGGAAGUUGUUGGGUUUCCAACAGCGCCAACGUCAGCCUAUGUUUCCGCGUUUCAAACCGAACUCGACAGGAUACGGAAUGGGUUGCCCCUUGAAUUGCAAAACGACAAUGUGAUAAAAAUGUUUCUCAAUGCAGUAGUACUCCGUCUAUAUGAACCCCCUUUACUUGAUACUUCUCGAAUAAUCUCAAUGUCGGAAUCUUUGACAACUCCUACAUUAGGGGCUGCCUCGGCACUGGACAUAUUCUACCACUCAAGAAACGCUUUGAAGCAAUUCUUUGAUCAUUGGCUAUCAAUACCGAUCUCUGAGUACCACAGCCAGACCACUGCGGUAGCCGCCCAACUGAUCUAUGGGAUGACAAUGCUUGGCCGGUGGACAAAAUUUACAGCGCAGAUCCCUUUGACAAGACCUCCCAUGCCAAUGCCCGAGGAUACCAGCGCACAGAACCCGAACCUGGAACUAUACAGAGCAGAAUCAGAGCAUUCGACGAGUGUAAGCCCAGCACAUGCUACGCCCUCGGCCACAACGCCCAUUGCGUGUGAAAACCAUUCUCAAGCAGCCAGUCCCAUCUCUUUACGAGAGGGCACAGACCCAAGACUACCGGCUGCAGUAGCUGCCUUGCGAUCGCAGAUUCAAACCCAACCAGGCCUACACUUAGACGUCACGGGGAUACUAUCAGGUAUAUAUUCCAAGUUUGAAGAGGCCAACGCAUCUGUUCAGGUGUCCUCAGCCGAACCUGGUACUUCAGACCACAACGUCUGGAGUAUGAGCGCCAUUAAGGUCAGGAUCACAAGAGCAAAGCUGGAGCGGUGGGUAGAGAUAGUUGCGUCUGGAACAGCGGCGCUUAAGAUCCACGACGGCAAUGUCCGAGACACUGAAAUGGAGGAUCGGGGUACGAGCGAUAACGGGAGAGCUACGGUAGUUGGCACAGCGCAAUCGGGCAACGAGAUACACAUCGACGAUUUCGGAAUGCCUGAUUGGAACGAGAUGCCUUGGAAUCCUGAUAUACUUCAGGGGGUUGACCCGUCGUUAUGGUUCGAUGGAUACCUGGAUUGGGGAGCUGUUAUGAGCUCUAUGAGCAAUAACGAGCAGUGA